AUGAUAUCUGGUCCAGUUAUAACAAUAACAACUCCAAAUGAAACAUCAACAAAAACUAAACGAAUUUUAUUUCGUAUAGUAUUAUGUAUUGCUAUGUUUGGUUCAGUUAUUGUUAGUGCAAUAUUAUUUUUACAAGGUGGAUUAGUUCUUGGUCAUCUUCGAUAUUUUAUUGAUAUUGGUCAACAUCCACUUCAUAUUACAUCAAUAUUUUUACUUAUUUUUGGUCUUCUUUCAAUAUUAACAUUUAUUAUUUUAACAAUUGGUUUAAUUAAUAUUAAAAGAAAUUUUGCUAUUAUUGCACUUGGUUUAUUAAUUAUAUGUUCAUUAGGUCUUAUUGCAUUUAGUAUUUGGUCAUUUAUUACAAUAUCAAAUGAACAAUUAUCAAAAUCAAUUAAUAAUGAUUUAAUUAAAGAAUUAGAUCAAACACAAUAUAAUAUUACUAGUGGAAAUAAUAUUAUUGUUAAUAAUACACCUAAAAUGGCACGAUUAGAAAAACAACAUCAAUGUUGUGGUCUUAUAGAUCCAAUUGAAGAUUACCAAAGUCGACAAUCUUCUAUAGUUCGAACAACAAUAUCAACUAGUGGAAAUACUAAAGGACGAACAUCAUCAUUUCAAAAAAAUCCAUCAACAUCUUCAUUAUCUAUUCUAUUACCAAUAAGUUGUUGUAAUGAAAAAUAUCGUUCGAAUGAUAAUAAUUUAUGUGUUGAUACUUAUGGAAAUACUGCAAAUCCAUUAAGUCGUUAUAAUACAGAAGGAUGUUAUUUUAUUAUUAAUCGAGAAAAAUUUCAACGUAUUCAACAACAAGGUUUUAUAACUAUUGUAUCUGCUUGUUUAGCUGUUAUUAGUUGUAUUUCAUUAGCUGCUGUUAUUAGACUUUUAACUGAAGGUUAUCAAGUUGUACCAUUACGUACUACAACAUAA